AUGGCUUUAAAUUUACAUCAAAAGAGGUUAUGGCAAUGCGCUUUUAUGAAAACCCGUAGUUAUUGUGAGAACAAAUCUAUUUAUCAAAGAGAUGAAGAAGGUAGAAAACCUCGUACAGUUCAUGGAAAACCGUAUCCUGAAUGGCGAAAGCCAUGGAUACAACGAGAGGGAGAGUGGUAUAGUAAAUUAUCACUUUUUGUUGAAAAAAAUCCAAGCAUGCAAAUACUUAAUGCAAUGCAGCAAAUACCAGAUUUAAAUAUGCAAAAAGUAAAGAAUUGGUGGGCAGAUAUGAAGGAAAUACAAGAAAUCGAGAAUCAGAAUUACAUGCCUCAAAGAGUUGCAACACUGGGAACUAAUUUAGCCGCAGUGCACUUUUUUACAUACCGAAAAGCAGCAGUCAGACUGAAAGACUCAAAGCAUUGGAUUAUCGGAGACAUUACUACACUGAAAUUACCGGACCGUUUUGUGGAUGGUUAUUUUGUAGAAGCCAUUGACUGUACUAACUUUCAUCACAAUGGCAUCCGCUAUAAUGGAUUAAAAAAUUUGGCUGGUCUUAAUUAUCUAAAAUGGCUGUCACUACAAAAUAAUAAACAUAUAGAUGUUUGGUGUCUUGAUAGAUUAGCAGGUCAAAAUGGAGAUACAUUGGAGUUUUUAAAUAUUACUGGAUGUAAGCUAUGUGUUGGUUCAGUCAUAGCUCUGUCUAGAAUGUCUGCUCUCAGAUUUUUGGUUAUAUCAGAUCCUGGCAAUAAUGUUGAAGUACAAACAGCUUUAUCAAUGCUUGAACAAGAGAAUCCUGAUCUAAUAAUAAAAAUUUCUGAAGAUGAAAAAAUUAACUAG